AUGGCCGACGAGGGGCCUGAAACGGCCUUGUCCAGGUACCGCUACAAGUUUCUCUUCGGCGCAUGGCUGCUGGUCACCGGCGCCGCCUUCCUGCGCGUUUCCCGGCAGCCCUACCACUCGCGCCUCAAGUCGGAGCAGUACGAAACCAUUUUCAAGGGCACCUCUCUCGCCGCAGUGCUUGCCGGAAUCGGGCUGAGCGGGGGCUCGAACAGGCGGCGAAGCGAGGCAGCCUCUGAUGCGACGCGCCCGACAGCCAUGCUGCUUGACCCGCUGCUGCUGGUUGCCGCUUUGGGCACCGCUUGCGCUGCAGGCACCAUCUCACCCCGCCAGAGCCCGGCCGCCGCCGACAGCUGCCCAGGAUAUACCGCCUCGAAUGUCGUCGACGCGGGCACCACUCUCACAGCUGACUUGAGCCUGGCGGGUGCGCCAUGCAAUGCUUACGGCGAUGACCUCACCGAUCUCAAGCUUACUGUCGAGUACCAGACCGCCAAUCGCCUCCAUGUGCAAAUCUACGAUGCGGCAGAGAGCGUCUACCAGGUGCCGGAAUCCGUUCUUCCGCGACCUACAGCUGGCAACGGCUCCCUCCCGGCUUCCAGCGCUGCAGUCAGGUUCAAGUGGGUGCAAGAGCCGUUUUCGUUCUCAGUCGUCCGCACGGCGACCAACGAAACCCUCUUCGAUACUGCUGACUCACCCCUGAUCUUUGAAUCUCAGUACCUGAGGCUGCGUACCAAACUGCCCACUGAGCCUAAUAUCUACGGCUGGGGUGAACAUAGUGACCCGUUCCGCUUGAACACCACAAAUUACACCCACACAAUUUGGAAUCGCGACUCGUACGGCGUUCCACCGGGGGGCAACUUGUACGGCGCGCAUCCAGUCUACUACGACCACAGGGGCUCUUCCGGUACCCAUGGCGUCUUCUUGCUGAACUCGGAUGGAAUUGAGGUCAAGAUCAAUAAGACGGAAUCAGAUGGCCAAUACCUGGAGAUCAACACGCUGGGUGGCAUCUUCGACUUCUAUUUCCUCGCAGGCCCUUCUCCAAAGGAUGUCAGCAAACAAUACGCCGAGAUCGUGGGACUGCCCGCAAUGCAAGCCUACUGGGCCUUUGGCUUUCACCAGUGCAGAUACGGAUACCGGGACGUGUAUGAAGUUGCCGAAGUAGUCGCCAACUACUCGCUCGCGGGCAUUCCUUUGGAGACCAUGUGGACUGACAUCGACUACAUGGAUCUCCGCAAAGUCUUCACCCUCGACCCAGCGCGCUUCCCGCUGCCCAAGGUCCGCGAGUUGGUCGACCACCUUCAUGCCCAUCAGCAGCACUACGUCGUCAUGGUUGAUCCGGCCGUUGCUUAUCGCAACAACACGGCCUAUGAAAACGGAGCUUCCCAAGACGUUUUUCUCAAGGCUUCCAAUGGCUCUUACUUCCUUGGUGUGGUCUGGCCUGGCCCAGCGGUGUUCCCAGACUGGUUCCAUCCCAACACUCAGCCGUACUGGAACAGCGAGUUUGCAGACUUCUUCAGCGCCGAGAGCGGUGUGGACAUUGACGCUCUAUGGAUAGACAUGAACGAAGCAGCAAACUUUUGCAACUGGCCCUGCUCAGACCCGUAUGGGUACGCGGAGGCGAAUGACCAGCCACCGGACCCACCCCCAGUUCGACCCAACAGUGGCCGGCCUAUUCCCGGCUUUCCCGACGACUUCCAACCUGCCGGGGUCUCUCCUCCGGACAGGAUGAUGUUCAGGCGUCAGACGUCCGGGACAAAGACUGGUCUUCCAGGAAGGGAGCUUGUAGACCCGCCAUAUCAGAUCAACAACCUUGCUGGCUCGCUCUCAAACAAAACAGUCUCCACAAACGUGAUCCACUACAACGGUUUGGCCGAGUACGACACUCACAAUCUGUACGGCACCAUGAUGUCGACUGCUAGCAGGAUCGCCAUGGAGAACCGCCGGCCUGGCCGACGGCCUCUGAUCAUCACACGCAGCACUUUCGCCGGUGCCGGUAAGGACGUGGGGCACUGGCUGGGCGACAACCUGUCCGAAUGGGAACAAUACAGGUUCUCCAUUGGCCAGCUGCUCCAGUUCGCGGCACUCUACCAGCUGCCAAUGGUCGGAUCUGACGUUUGCGGCUUCGGCUCCAACACGACGGAGACUUUGUGCGCUCGGUGGGCGUUGCUGGGAGCAUUCUCGACGUUCUACAGGAACCACAACGAGCAGGGUGCAAUUUCCCAAGAGUUCUACCGGUGGCCGCUCGUAGCUGAGGCAGCAAAGACGGCCAUCAACACACGCUACCAGCUGCUCGACUACCUCUACACGGCAUUCCACCGGCAGACGCAGACGGGCGAGCCUGCACUCAACCCGCUGUUCUUCUUGUACCCGGAAGAUGCAAACACAUUCGGCAUCGACCUGCAGUACUUUUACGGCGACUCCAUCCUCGUCAGCCCGGUGACGGAGGAGAACGUCACGACAGUCGACGUCUACCUGCCCGACGACGUCUUUUACGACUUCUGGACGGGCGACACGGUCAGAGGCAACGGCUCGUACGUCACGCUGGCCGACGUGCCGUACACGACGAUUCCGCUGCACAUCAGAGGCGGCAGCAUCGUGCCGCUGCGCGCAUCGUCGGCCAACACGACGACGGAGCUCCGCAAGCAGAACUUCACGCUGCUGAUCGCGCCGGGGUUGGACGGCACGGCUAGCGGCCGGCUGUACCUGGACGACGGCGACGCGGUCGAGCAGGCGGCGACGUCGGAGAUCGUGUUCACGUACGACGGGCGGACGCUGGGGCUGGGCGGCACGUUUGGCUACAGCUCGGGGGCGGUGAUUAGCGGGGUGCGGGUGCUGGGCGGGAACAACAGCAGCUCGAGGGUCAUGGCGGCACAAAGAGAGCUGGCCAUCGGGCUGGAUGCACCGGCAGAGGUGGGCUUGUAG